AUGGAAAACUACACUGGCGCUUGUAAUAACCCUUAUCGCGGUAACUUGAAUGACUUGCUACUUCUCUUGUCUGCCAAAGUCCCUCCUACAGGUUUUGGACUUGGCUCAAUUGGCCAAGGCCAGAACCGUGUAAAUGGAUUAGCCUUAUGCGACGGAGAUGUGUCGAGCACAGAAUGCAAAACUUUUUGGAAUGACAAUUGCAUGGUCAAGUACUCCAGUACAAAGUUCUUUGGGGACAUUGAUAAUCAAACCAAGUUGUACAUGUACAAUGCGCAAGCUGUAGACCAUCCCACAUCUUUUAACAUGAAAGUUAAGGCUUUAUUAAGCAGUUUAUCUGGUAAAGCUUACGCCGACACCAAAUUUUAUGCCACAGGGGAACUAGACCUUGGUGCCUCCAAAAUACUGCUCGGGUUGGCACAAUGCACUCGAGAUCUUUCUAGUAUGGAUUAUAAGAAGUGCCUUGAUGUUGCCGUAGGUGGACUUCCAAGCUGCAGUGAUGGAAAACGAGGAGGAAGGGUUGUGGGUGGGAGUUCUAAUGUUAGGUACGAACUCUACCCCUUCGUGGAAACUGGUAAGAAAGGUCGUAGCUAGGCAAUAAAAGUGUAAGACAGUGUUAUUUACGCACUGUAUUCUGUAGAUUAAGGCCUAAUGGGCCAUUAGGACAAUGGCCGUUUGU